AUGCAGCCAACGACAGGGACAAAGUCGAGCAGACACCAGGGCCUACGGGGGGAGCGAGCCACCAAGGGCGCGCAGGGCGCAGGAGCCCCCAAGGCGCAGAGUCUGCAGCCUGGCUGGGCGCUCACAGAGAAGGAGCUGGAGGCCUUGAGCCCCGCGCAGCGCCGUCGCCACCUGCUCUUCGGGGACUUGCUGGAAGACGGGUCAGGCAUGGCCAGCUCGGUGUUCCCGAGGGACUCCGUGGAGUUGGGGUACCGCGUGGCCGACCCGCGCUCCUGGACGCAGCCCCUGGAGACGCUCAACCAGCACCAGGACCGGCUCCUGGGCGUCCUCAAGGCGGCCGAGGCCCGCGGCCGGGUUCGAGCCCUGCGUCUGCGUUAUACCCGCAUGCGGGCAGAGGAGAUCGCCCUGCUCAUCCAGAGGCAGAAGACUGCCCUGGCAGCGAUCCGGCUGGAGCUGUUCCUGCCGCCACAGCUGAAACCUAUGCGCAUCCCUGACCCGCUGAAUCGACAAGAGAGAAGGCGUGUGGAAGCCAUCCUGGCGGAGCCCCUGCACUGA